AUAAAUAUAAUUAGGAAGUGCGAACACUACAAAUGGCACUCCGGCGAAUUUCCCGAUAAGUCAGCGGCCGAGAUAUCGACGUCGAUUCCGAUCCGAACAAAUGGCUCCGGUAUCGGCUCUAGCCAAAUACAAGCUCGUGUUCUUGGGUGACCAGUCGGUUGGUAAAACCAGCAUCAUCACCCGUUUCAUGUACGACAAGUUCGACAACACUUAUCAGGCCACAAUUGGUAUCGAUUUUCUCUCAAAGACUAUGUACCUUGAAGAUCGAACAGUUCGGUUGCAGCUCUGGGAUACUGCUGGACAGGAAAGGUUCAGGAGUCUCAUUCCAAGCUAUAUCAGGGAUUCCUCUGUUGCAGUCAUCGUCUACGAUGUUGCAAGUAGAGAGUCCUUCUUAAACAGUUCCAAAUGGAUUGAAGAGGUUCGCACAGAGCGAGGCGAAGAUGUAAUCGUUGUACUUGUUGGCAACAAAACUGAUCUUGUGGAGAAGAGGCAAGUUUCUACAGAGGAAGCAGAAGCAAAAGCUCAUGACCUCAACGUUUUGUUCAUUGAAACAAGUGCCAAGGCUGGUUUCAAUAUAAAGGCGCUGUUCCGUAAGAUUGCAGCAGCCUUACCAGGAAUGGAAACACUUUCUUCAGCAAAGCAAGAAGACAUGGUUGAUGUCAAUCUCAAGUCUAGCAAUGCAUCUGCGAGUCAGUCACAACCACAGUCAGGAGGAUGUGCCUGUUGAUACCCGGCAUGGAACUAUGCUUGCUCCAACUUCAUUGUCCCCAUUUCCUCACUGGUUUUUCUCAUCAUAUCAAUAGUCUGCAAAGUUUCUGUCCCUUUCUUGUAGCCUUUUUGGGUGUUUCAAUUGUUAAGUGAUGUAGGAUCGGCUUGGCUAAGUUUUUUUCAUAAAGUUGGAAGAACCUUCAAUUGAGA